CGGGCGCCCGUAGGGUGGGCAGCGCGGCGCUCCGCAGCGCAGGGACCGCCGCCGGCCGCUCCCAAGAUGCUGUUUUGGCACACGCAGCCGGAGCAUUACAACCAGCACUCGACCGGCAGCUACCUGCGAGAUGUCCUUGCGCUGCCGAUCUUCAAGCAGGAAGAGCCACAGCUGUCUCCUGAGAACGAUGCCAAGCUGCCACCCUUUCAGUACGUCCUCUGCACAGCCACCUCCCCCGCCGUGAAACUGCACGAAGAAACUCUGACCUACCUCAACCAAGGUCAGUCUUAUGAAAUCCGUCUACUUGAGAAUAGGAAAUUGGGAGAGUUUCAAGAUUUAAACACAAAAUAUGUAAAGAGCAUAAUUCGUGUUGUUUUCCAUGACCGCCGCCUGCAGUACACAGAGCAUCAGCAGCUCGAGGGCUGGAGGUGGAGUCGGCCUGGGGACCGCAUCCUUGAUAUAGAUAUCCCGCUGUCAGUUGGUAUCUUGGAUCCCAGGGCUAGCCCAACCCAGUUGAACACUGUUGAAUUUCUCUGGGAUCCAUCAAAGAGAGCUUCAGCAUUCAUUCAGGUACAUUGCAUCAGCACAGAAUUUACUCCACGGAAACAUGGAGGAGAGAAAGGGGUGCCCUUCCGGGUGCAAAUCGACACCUUUAAGCAGAAUGAAAAUGGUGAAUACACAGAACACUUGCAUUCUGCAAGCUGCCAGAUCAAAGUGUUCAAGCCUAAAGGAGCAGACAGAAAACAGAAGACUGACAGGGAAAAAAUGGAAAAGAAGACCACCCAAGAAAAGGAGAAGUAUCAGCCUUCCUACGAGACAACUAUUCUCACAGAGUGCUCUCCAUGGCCAGAUGUGCCUUAUCAAAUGAACAAUGCUCCAUCUCCAAGCUACAACAGUUCUCCCAACAGCUUCAACCUCGGAGAUGGCAACAGUUCACCAACCCACCAAAUGGAGCUCCUGCCUCCCAGCAAUGAUCAUCUCCUUCCUUCUGCUUCUAUUCAAGAUGCCCAGCAGUGGCUUCAUCGUAAUAGGUUCUCUCCAUUCUGUAGACUCUUCUCAAGUUUUUCGGGUGCCGACUUACUGAAGAUGUCCAAAGAAGAUUUUGUUCAAAUCUGUGGGCCUGCUGAUGGAAUUCGGCUCUUUAAUGCAAUUAAAGGAAGAAAUGUAAGGCCCAAGAUGACAAUAUAUGUCUGUCAAGAACCGGAGCAAAACAGAUCCCAUCUCCACCAAAAACGAGAAAAUGGAGAUGGCAGCCUUUGUGUGUAUCAUGCAAUCUUCUUAGAAGAAUUGACCACGCUGGAGUUGAUGGAGAAGAUUGCAAACCUGUACAGCAUUUCUCCACAGCAGAUAAAUCGGAUCUAUAGGCAGGGACCCACAGGGAUCCAUGUGUUAGUGAGCAAUGAGAUGGUGCAAAACUUCCAAGACGAAUCUUGUUUUGUUAUCAGCACAUUAAAAGCUGAAAGCAAUGAUGGCUACCACAUCAUUUUAAAAUGAUCACACUGCACAGAGACUUUAAUGGCCUAAAAUUUAGUGCCUCGCUGAGAUUGCUACAACCUAGACUGGAAACAUGAAGAACCUUCUGGAUAAAUGCUCCUGUGAACUAAGAAUUACCAAACAGCUGAAGAAAAAACUUGCUUUUACAGAUAGAAAUUUUUGGUGGUGUGUGAUUUUGGUGGGUUUGGUUUUUUUUCUGUUUGUUUAGUUUGAAUUUUCUUUGGGUUCUUUUGUUUUUUAAGCUGGAGCUGAGAACGUCCUCAAAGCUUGUACAUGUUUUUUCCUCCCUCCCUUCCUCUUCAGUCUCUUAAAAUUUGUAGAGGUUUCUGCUUAUUACUUAGAAACAUCUGCCUUGUACCAAAGGGAAAUGAAAGAUAAAUCCCAAUUCUCUUGACCCCUCAUGUUCGGGUGAAUUGAUUUACUUAGAGUUCAGAGUGCUCUCUUGCUUUCAGCACAUACCCUGAUGCUGAUGGAUGUAGACUCCCCAGGGCUCCUCUUGUAUUCUUUGAGGUGGAAGGCUUGGGGCUGUCUCCCAAAAGGGUGGGUGAUGAAGAGGAUGAGUUUGGUGCCCAGCCUUCACCUGAAGUGUCAGCUCUGGAAGCCCACACUUAGCUGUUCUCCACCUGCAGAUGUGCUCAAAAUCCAGAGCCCUUGGUCCCUCCUGACAGACCUUCUGUAGUACCAAUCCAGCAGAACAGUUCUGGGGGGGUUCAAGGGGGGACAGAUGACUUGAGGCGAGCAGUUCAGUACCAUGUUAUUACCUUGAGCUUUAGAGUAGUCUCCUUGAAUGGACCAUGUGAAGGUUUUCUGAGGAACUGUUUUGGACCUUGACAGCUAUAGUCCUCAUGGCAGAUUCAUACUAUGGAUUUAUUCUGCUCUAGAGAUUAGUGAUUAACUGCUAUCUUUACUGUAACUGGGAAUUAGAUGUUAUAAUUCUAAUGGAUUUUCAUCCUGUUACUGAAGUAAAACUGUUUUGAUCAAGACCAGGUAAACAGAUCAUCUUAGUUGGUGCUUCUUAUGUUCUUGCUUUUUCACUUCUGACUCCUGUUUCCCAUAUCUAUACCUAUGAUCAGCUCCAGCCUCCCUUGGUCUUUUGGGAUUCUGUUCCAGGCUCCAUUAAGCUAAAAUAUGGCUUCCAUGAAAGUCAAAGGUAAACUGGAUCACACCGUUCUAGCAUGGAUGAAACCAUUUCACUUUUAACAGCUAAAUAUAUCUGUUUCCCCAAACUGUGUGUCUGUAUACCAUCAAAAUCUGAUUCUUGAACAUUUCAUUUCAUCCUGAACUGACAUGGAAAGCUGAAAUACCAAACAUUUUCCUGGAAUGGAAAUUUUUCAAAAAUGAGAAAUUGUCAGCUGGAAAAUACUGAAUAAAAUGUUCCAGCCUUUUGAAAUGGAAACAUUUAAUUAAAUCCAUUUGGCCCUUAA